AAAUUACACAAACACGGAAUCGAAAUAAAAAAUUAAUCUUUCUGUCCCAUUCCCCAUUUACGAUGACUAUUUUCUUUGCAUGAUCAUAUAUAAGCUAUAUCAAUAACGCAGGCUAAUUAUUAGUAGUAUUUCAAUAUAUGCUUUGUAUCUAAAGGCUUGCUUGCGGCUGAGUAAGUGCGAAAUGUAGUAUAAAUAUGCAGUGGAGGGAAUUAGUUUUUGAGCAACUCCAACUCCAAUUCCAAUUGCAUUUCUCGAUUUCCAUCUCCUCUUCAAUCUUCCAGCUACGGAGGUGGUGUUUUCAUUGGAAAAUCUUCAACCAGGAUGGAUGACUCUAUGGUGUUGCAUCAAGAAGCUGCAUAUGAUGAAAAAGAAGUUGAGAAUGAAGGAAAAGAAGCUGCUACUGAUGAAAGAGAAGAAGCUGCUAAUGAUAAAGAAGAAGUUGUGAAAGAUGAUAAAGAAGCUGCUAAGGAUGAAGAAACUGCUACUGAUGAAAAAGAAGCUGCUAGAAAUGCUGAAAUUUUGGAACGUCAUCUUAGGAGGAACAGGGACAAGAACCGUAGAUAUAGAGCUCGUAAGCGACAACUAGCUGAAUUGGAAAAGGCAUCAAGUGUUGAGAAAGAAGGUGCUAAGGAUGAAAAAGAAUCUGCUAGAAUUGCUGAAAUUUUGGAUCGUAGAUAUACAGCUCGUAAGCGACAACAAGCUGAAUUGAGAAAGGCACCAAGUGGUGAAAAAGAGGCUGCUAAGGAUGAAAAUGAAACUGCUACAAUUGCUGAAAAAGUGGAACAUCUUCGUAGGAAGAAAAGGGAGGGCCAACGUAGAUAUAGAGCUCGUAAGCGACAAGAAGCUGAAUUGAGAAAGGCACCAAGUGUUGAUCAACCAGCCAGUAUUCAAUGUCUGAGAGAUUGGAAGAAAGAUGCCAGGAGAGGCCAUAUGCACAAGAAACAAGAAACAUGUCCUUCACAUAGUGGUGGGAUUGCAAGCUUAGCCAGCCAAAGCCAAAAUCAUUUUUCUGAAUUUGUUGACUGAAUCUUACUUCCAGCUACUUUUGAAAGAAGGAAACGAAUAGUCAAUGCAGUUGACAAAAUUUGAAAACUCAUUGAAACUGCCAUACUACUAUAUUGCAAGAUGAUUGGGCAGAGGGUAUUCCUAUACGUUGAAAGUGAAAAGAACAUUGACAGCUCAUUUUAUCUUGCAUGCAUGUAGCUUUUGGUCAAUCCCUCCUUUAUUACAUGUUCUCGUUAUAACCUAA